CAUUGGGACAAAACAUCACCGCCAGCUGCCUGUGAACCUCGCUAUUCUACCCCUACCACAUCGGCUUUAUCAACUAUCGCUAUGUCAAUUGAGAUAGCGGAUGUCUUUAGGUAGUCAAUUCUGUCGCAGGAGCAGCUCCCUGCGGUAUAUCGCAGAGAACUACAUCCAAGCUCCUGGAGACCGCGAUCCGCUCUUGUUUCUCUAUCCUCGAUGGUUUUCAGCACCUCCGUCUUUUGCCAACCAGAAGGCUCUGCCGGUACAUCGUGCGAGGAGACGUUUCUAUUCGAUAGGGCGUCAGGCAUUUGCUCCGCAGCCUGACUCGAAUCAAGAGGAUAUCAUCCACGAUGUUGGGUCUACCAAACACCAAAGAAUAGAGCAGCGCGCUGCGUUGGAUCAUGGCUCCGUCCCUCAGCAGCCUCAAUCAAAGCAUAAACCUCUGUCAGGAGUCUCUAGCGAUACUCCAGGCUGGUCUUUCAGUCACUCCGCUGAGAAUGGGAAGGUGAUCAACCCCGUAACCGCCGUUGAGAGAGGUGUGGAAUCUGAAGCUGGACUGAGGAAUCUGGGCGCGUUACACUCCGCGGAUCCAGUGAGUGCAAAAGAAACGCGGUCGGGAGAUGGGAUUGUUGAUGCGGCAUUUGAGAAGAAUGGAGAACGUACUUCCAAACAAAUCCGUGUCAUUGAUCCUUCGCAGAAUCGAAUAGAGAAACCGACCCUUGACCCGAAGAAUAAACAGAGAGUUGAGAAGGCAGCCAAAGGCGCCGCGAAGCACAAGGACAACAAAUCAAUUAUCAAUAAGCACAUGAAGUACAAAAGCCCACUCUCCGUCGACUGGCGAGUGCCUUUGACAGAACUCGAAAAGAACAGCCCAAUCUCCAGCGUCGGAGGCUCCGCAAGCGUCAAGCAAAUGUAUAUACCAACAGACCGUAUGGCUCGCCUUCAAGGGGACCUAGAUGGGAAGCUCUUGGCCGUAAAGCUGCGUACAGGCUGUCACGUUACCUUCUCGAAUUUGCUUGGGAACAGCCCCUUGAGACGAGAAACCAUUACGCUGAAAGGAACCGCUGAAUCAAUCAAGUCAGCGCAGGAGGAUAUUUCUGAAAUAUUUGGCCUCGUGAAUGAUGAUGGUGGAGAAAUGGAUCAACUACAAGCCCAAAAAGCUGAUCGAAUACGAGGAGUAGUUGAACGGCCUGUCAGGGCGGACGCCUUCCCUCGGCCUCAAGCAUGGACCACGGCCACUUUUGCACGAUACGUUGAUCAGCUCACUACCUACAGCAUUCCACGGACAUUACAUCGUCAACUGUACCACCAAAGCGAAGAGCAUUCUCAGGAAGUGGCCCGCAUAAUAAAAGAGCUCUUCAAAGAUCCGGCCAACGGGCCGUUCAUUUCGACAGAGGCUCUGAACAGCGCUCUACGUUUCCUGUACAAACAGGGCAUGAUCCCAGCCGCACGGAUGCUAUUCAUCAGAGUCGAAAUGCUCAAACUUGGCCUUACCACUGAGACCUUUAACAUCAUGAUGCGCGGGGCAGCGGCUGCAGGUGACCUGCACAACUUCACCUUCCUCCUCCGGCUUAUGAUCCAGCGCGGCAUCAUUCCUAAUGGAGCCACGUGGGUGGCAUUGCUCCAUGCGGUUGAUUCCACCGAAGUUAAAUUACAUAUUGCCCGAAGGAUGAAAGCCAAAGGCCUGCUUCAUGAACGGACUGUUCUACGAGCCGUGGUCUCAGAAGUCAUGCCCAAUGCUCUCCGCAUGUUUAUGGAUGACCCUGCCGCGACGACAAUGCCGCCCGAUGCGGUCCAAUUCCUUGGAAAGAUUGACAGCAUCUUCCCGCGUCAGUGGCCGUCCACAUCAGCCGCAAACAAGAUGCUCAACGAACUCGGCACUCGUGGCCUCAUCGACCAAGCCUGCAAGGCCAUUGGAUGGUUCCGCAAGCGUGGCGUGUCUCCAGACACCGUCUCUCUUAACACACUUCUCCUGCAUUGCCAGCGUCAUCGCAAUGAAACGGCGGCCGUCAAAUUGCUUACCAUGUUUACUACGCAAUACCAUGUAGUCCCAGACAAGAUUACCUACGAUCUGCUGUUCAAAAUCGCGUGGCGAUCGCAGCUGUACAAUGUCUGCCGCGUUGUCUGGCGAUACGCAUGCUGCUACGGGCAUGUCUCGUACUUUUCAAUGCAGCGAUUGGUCCUGCAGAGCUUGAUCCGAGAAAGCAAAAACGAGCCCAGCACCGAGUCACCAACCGUUCGCGAGAUAUGGCUUCAAUCAGCGGGCAAGGUGAUUGCGGGCGUCAAUCCCGAAAGCAACGGCAUAGGGGUUGUCAAGCGCAGGUCCGAUUCCUCUGGAGAUAUCCAACCGGUCACGACCCUCCCUUCCGCAUCGUCUCCUCCCUCCUCUUCUUCUCCUUCUUCAGCAUUCCCGCCCUCCGAACCCGCCUCAUACGCACCACCGAAAGUCCAACCUCAACCAUCCAGUCAAUCCGACUCUGUCCCCACCGAUCAAUAUAUGACCACGCAACCUCCCUCUCGGUCCACCGCGCCCUACUAUGCUCUUAUUGGCGCAGACCUCGAGGCCGUCGCGCGAUUCAUUCCUUCUCGUUCUCUCGCACAUAUCCUCGAGGAAGCCCUCGAGCGGGACCGAGCCUGGUCGCGCGACGGAUCAUGGGACAGCCGAGACCUCGGCUGGAAAAUGACCAAUGCCGUGGACAUUCCCGUUGUCGAUCAGCAGGCUGCCGCGAGUUCCAUUUCCGAGAAGUUGGACUCGCCUGCUAUUAAUUCUCCUUAAUUCCCAUUUACUUGAUCCCGGAAAGGAGCUGUUCCAUGCCACCGAGUAAGGGCAAGCCGAUGCUGGAGUUCUGGCUGUUCAAGCUGGGCGAUGCGCGAAAAUUUAUGUUCGUCUGCCUGCCUCGUCUUCACUUUUCGGAUUGUCUAGGAUUACAUUUUGAUCAUUUGGACCACUUGGACCAUUUCCUUCGCGAAGAUGGAAAAGAAAUAUUCGGUGCGGGUAGGAACUCAUGUAUAAAUCCCCAGUCUUUCUAAUAAUCUCCAUACCAUUCCUCGCGUGUACUAUAGUUAAAACCGGUUAUAUUAGAUUUUAGACCUUUUCUUUUUAUUUUGCUGGGGAUAGGAGUACAUAUGUGUCG